GACGGACACCAAGUCAGUCAGUGCACAGCUUUCUUUUCACUAACUGUAACAGUUCAGCUGAUUGAUUAUCAUUUAUCAUCGUUUAUGUCCGAAAAUUCUACAAUCAAUCACCAAAAUUUCUCUCUGUCAUAAAAAAUUUCACCACCCAAUUCCCACUUUCCUAUUUGAAUGAACCAAGUUUAAAUAGUUUCUUCUCUGUGACUGUGAUGAACGGCAGCCGGCCAACGGUCCAUCCGGUGGAGGCGCCGCCGUUAACCGACGGGCUACAGAAUGGGCCAAGAACGAGGAUGAAAGAAGUGCAAGGAAUGUCCGGGACAAAAGGUGGCCUCGCUCUUCGGAUUGCUCAAUCUUUUUUUGGUGUUGUUUCUGUCUGUGUCAUGGUUAGCGCCGCUGAUUUUCGGUCUGUUACAGCGUUUUGUUAUCUGGUGAUCGCUGUUAGUUUACAAACAUUUUGGAGCUUGUCACUGGCUGUUAUGGAUUUGUAUGCUCUUUUGGUGGGAAGAACUCUUCGAAAACGCGUAAUUCUUUGCCUUUUUGCCACUGGUGAUGGGAUCACAUCCACCCUUACAUUUUCAGCUGCCUGUGCAUCUGCCGGAAUUACUGUCCUUGUCGGGAAUGAUCUAAAUAGAUGCUCUGUUAAUCAUUGCACCCAGUUUGAAACUGCUACAACCAUGGCUUUUAUGUGUUGGUUUGCUACAACACCAUCUUUUCUUAUCAAUUUUUGGUCUUUAGCUACACAAUAACAAUUGGGUGGACAAAUCUGUAGUCACAGAGAUAGUUUGUUUUGCAAUCUUUCUUUGUGAUGCUCCAUAGAGAUUUGAUAGUAGAAACUGUGUAGAUGGAUAGGUUUUGUUUCCAUUAUCGGAGCUUCAGUUUUGAGAUCAUCUGUUGAAGUACAAUACUUCUUUCCUCAAUGAUAUAAAUUGCAUUUGGUCUCUUAGAAAUUGGCAUAACCUUUUUUAUCCGGUUUGUUCAGAGUUCAGACAAUAUUCUUGUGCAUUUUCAUUUGAUAUUUGAUCAUUUAAGUUGAUUAUUGUGACAGCUGCUGUAUAAAUGAAAAGCUUGCAAGAAGAGUUUUGUAUAUUACAAUUUAGUCAUUUAAACUGAGAGUGAUAUACCUUAUGUUGCACGGAAACAAAAACAUUGAAACUCGAAACAAUAUGUUUUACAAGAAUAUAUAUGUAAAAAAUCUGCAGUUUCAGAGGUAUUUCGACGGGACUAGAGAAGUUUCCGUGCAAUUUCCUUCCUAUAAUCCUAUCCAUUAAACAGAAUUCAAUUUUGAAGUUUCCUUAUUGAAGUUCUAAACCUUUAUCCACUGGCAGCUCACGUUUUCAAUGAAUAAUUUGCAUAUAUGUUAAGUAAUUGUUUCUUAAUUCUUCUUUUUAAUAUUUAUUUUCGUGGUGCGGAAAGUAGUUAUAACCGUUAAUGAAGCUUUAUACACUUAAUCCGGCAAUAAUUAAUUUUAUUCUCUUAUCAUUAAUUACUAAUUAUCUUACAUUUGUUUGAGAUCACAAGGAUUGUGUUGUGCAAGCGUAAGAGAGAAGAGAAGAUGGAUAAAGAUAACGGUCUUUCUCUUUUUUUUUUUAAUGUCUUUGAAUAAGGCAGUUGGUAACGGUUAAUUUAUUAAGAUUUCUUAAAGCCAAGUCAUCUUCUCUCAUUUUGAACAUGUCUCAUGUAUUAAACUUUUCCUAUAUGUUCAUAUUUAUGUCUGUAAUUAUUUUGAUAGAGAUAAAGAGAAUUUGACAAUGUCGAGAGAAGAAGAAGAUGACGAAAAGAAGCUAUAUGGAUGUGCAAAGAAGUAUGAACAAAUUGUGAAACAGUUGAUCGAGAUUAUGAACCUAAGAAGCCGACCACCAAAGAGACGGAGACUAUCUUCUAGAUGCAAAGAGAGCAGCAGCAGUGCUACAACCCCUGCAUCCUCUAGUCAACCUGACAGCAACAAAGUAUUAGCAGAGACAGUAACGAAAUUUCUUCAUGAAUUGCAGGCUGAAACAGAUGCUGAUUGCUCCACAAGCACCAACAAAGACUCAUAACAUCUCUUUAGAAAAAGAAAAAAAUUCUGAUAGUUUGUUUCUUAUUGAUAUCUGUUCCAGCUCAAAAAACCAGCAAAUGCUAAAUCUUAAGAUUCAAGAAAUGUACAGAACCGAAUUUCUUCUAAAAUGUAAAAGUAUAUCAUUGAGCA